AUGCCAGCAGAUGAGGUACAAGAAACUCCACAGGAAGAAGUUCAGAUACAACCAGACAUGGAAGAAAUAGUUCAGCAACAACAGCUAGAAGAGCCUGAAGGAAACGAACAAGUCCCUCCUUUGGAAACUAACUUCACAGAACUAGAUGAAGAUUUGGAACAGCCGAAAAAUCUUGACCCUCAACAAGAGUAUGCGGAGAAUAUGGAAUCUUUCCAAGAGUCUAAGAAAAAUUCGGCUGACAUAGUAGAAGAAUAUCGAAAAAUGUUCGCCGACAUACAAAAGACUCCAACAUCAGAUGAAAAUAUUCAGCAUAGAAUGGAAGUACUGAAAGAAAGUGUACGCAAAUACAACAACCCUUUUUACUUACGAGCAUUUAACGUUCAAUCUUCGGAUGAACUCGGUGAAGAUAAAAGGUUAAAUUUCAAGAAAACAUAUAGAAAUGAAACAUUGUUUAAAGUUCAUUCAGAACCUAGCCAAGAUGGAAACAAACCUACUUUUGUUUCUGCAGACGAUGGAACUACAAUGAGAUGGGGUCAUAAAGCUAAUCCAGAUAGGUGGUUCAUAAACUUACAACCACAAUUCCAAGAAGUUGUAGACGCAAUGGAAGUCAAUGGUGAACCAGAUAUAGCUGGUAUUUUCAGCGCGGCUUUAAUGCCAUUGAAAGAUAUGAAACAUGCAGAUAUUUUGGACCAGUAUGAAAUGAACAUGGCUGAUGGAAAUAUAACACCUGACGUUCUAGAACAUUUAUCUCAAAGAACUACACAGAACCAUAGAGAUGGUAUAUUUGGUGAAGAGUUUAGAAAGAAAGUUAGGGAGAGCGAAGGAAGAGAACCUAUUGUACAUGACCUUGCAAAUGAAAGUUUACAAAAUGUCAUAAAAACUUACUUUGCAGACAAUGAACUGAGAAGGGAUGAAUAUUUAAGAAAACUCAAAUGGACAGUACCAAAUGAAAUGUUAGUAUUGAAAAACAUGUUCCUUGACAAAAUAAAACCAACUACAGAAAUAAACGACGCAAGACUGAAAGAUUGGGUAAAAGCUUUCCCAUUCACAAAAGAUAUAGUUGGUAACAUGGAAAGAAAACCAGAAUGGCUACAAAAACAUAUAUUUGGAAACGAGCUUAUUCCAUAUGGACAGGCACUGUUUGAAGAGCUUGAACCAGAAACUCAGGAAAGAGUCAUGCAAACAAUACGCGAAGACUCAAAUACAAACUAUGACGAAAUCUUUCUAAGAUAUAGGUUACCUGAGAUGGGCGACCAGAGCCCAAAGGCAAAAAGGACAUGGGAAAUUUACAACAUACUAGGUGAACAUGAGGCAAAGAUGCAACAAAACUCAGUCAGGAAGAAAGUAAAGCUUGGUCCAUGUGGGUUCUAUUAUGACAUAUAA